AUGGUUUUAUACAAAUCGAUUCCAUUUUUCUUCCUUCUCAUCGUUCCAAUCUCAAUUGUUUUUGCUCAAACAUCUUUGUAUACAGCUUAUCAAGCGAGCGUUCCAUUUGUGACAUCAUGUUCAACGAAUGAGUAUUUCGAUACUGCUCUCAUACAAUGUUCGUCUUGUCCGAACAAUGCUCAACAGAAAACGAAUGAUCCAACACAAUGUGAUUGUGCCAAUGACUCGUAUUACUACGGUGUGAAUCAAGGUGGAGGUUCAGUGCUUUGCUUACCAUGCACAUCAAAUUAUGUACGAUCAAAGGACGGAUUUGGAUGUACUAUAUCUAGUAGUGCGUCGUGCAAUUCAACUGGAACAAAUAGAGUUUUUGGUGAAGCAACCAUCGAUGGCAGCCUUAUUUCAGGAAGUUCAGCUUCUUCCAGUCAACCAAGAAUUGGCGGCUCGAGUUGUGUCACCUGCGUAAAUGGAACAUGGCCUGAUCUUGAUGGUCAACGGUGUACUCCAUGUGCUAACGUUACUCCUCGAUACAACGGUUCAGCAUCAAGUCUCUCUUGUUGUACCGCACAGGACGUUCAGGAUGGUAUGUGUCUUACUUAUGUUCAAGACACUUCUUCCGGCAUUACAUUUGGUAACAUCAAUCGAUUCUCUUCACCAACACCAUCCGCAUUCAUUCAACAACAUCUCACAGCAUCGUUCUAUCUUUGUCGAAUGAAUCUGUAUUCAGCAAAUCUACAAUCGUCCACACGAACACUUUUAUCAAACGCCACUGCGUGUCAGGUUUUGGCGAAUAUUGCUGCCAUGCAAUUCUACUAUGGUCUUUCUGGCUACGCCUACUAUCUAUAUGAUACUUACAUAUGGAAUCCACAAGUAUCACAAACAGUUUGGACAGCUGUUUCUAGCCGAACAUCGAUACCGUUUCUUGCUUAUCCAACUUCAUAUUAUACUGAAAUAAGUAGUUCAACUUAUAGCUGGAUACCACUAACAUUCACUCCGAAUGGCAUCAUUACGUUUAAACUGGCGAAAUAUUCAGCGACUGGACAAUUUCUAGGAUUAGUUGAUGCUUUCGAUUCUUAUAUGCAACUAUGUGGUGGUGGUUAUACAGAUGGUCGAGCUGCUUUCACAUUCGGUACGUCCUACAAACGAUCAUGUAAUAUUCGAGCAGAUGCAUUGUGGAGUUCACCAUCCUAUGAAACAGCAUUCUUCGAUCCAUAUAUCGUGUUUACACAAUCUGGCGUUCAACAAAUGAUACCUGCUUCCGUUGUUGUUGUGAAUUACGUAUCAAAUACUGGAGCAACUCCAAAUAAGAAUAGCGAUGAAUCGACAUGGGCUUAUCAUCGACGUUUUUUUCUACUCGAUCGUCUAUCAGGUCUUUCAAUCGAUAAUCAAUCAGCGAGUAUUCAUUAUGCUAAAUCGAUUCAAAUCGUUACGACCCUAUCGAGUGGAGGAGCCUACAUCCGACCACCUAUGGUCAUCGUCGAAUAUGCUGAAUUAUCAUCGUCAAGUAUUGGUCAAGGCAAUAUCGUUCAGGUCUCCUUUCAAUCUACUUAUCGGACGAACCUUGACACCCAUAUUCGAGAUAUAUGGAUAGCGGUUGGUGUCUUGUCUGGUGUGGGAAUUCUUCUUGCUUUUGCUCGAACAACGAUGUGGCACACUCGUGAAGGAAAAGAAAUUAUUGAUUUACAUACAAUCGGAAAAUUAUUUCUCUACAUUUGUAACAUUCUUGCUUCUGCCUUCUUCGUUGUCAUGGCAGGCGUUUCGCUCUGGUGGUUAAUAUUCUUCAAAAGACAAGAUGCAGUUUAUCUGGUUAUCCCUACGUCAACUCAGCAAAUAUCGUUUACUGUAUUAGUUGUGGUGGCAUUCAUUCUGAAAACCUUCGAUAUUCUUCACUUAAUUAUUCGUCAAGCAUCUAUGGAUAUCUUUUUCAUCGAUUGGGAAAAGCCUAAAGCAGGAAGUCUUAAUCCUGUUUCCGUUUGGCGAUCGUAUUUUGUUGCGAAUGAAUUUCAUGAAAUUCAAACAUUUCGUCGCAUCAAUCCAACACUCCAGUUAUUCUUCCUUCUAUUCCUACUCAAAGUUAUUAAUCUGGAGAAUGUCGCGACAGUUCAAUCAGGUGUCAACCUCUUUCCAUCAUCCACCGAUUACGUUCCGGAAUACAAUGGUAUUCUUCGUGUCGGAAUUGCUUUUUCCAUGUGGCUUGGAACAGCCAUUAUCCAAUACUUAGUUUAUAUAGCUUUUUACCAGCGCUUUUUCGAAGAUUCGAUACUGAAUUUUAUUGAUCUGUGUUCGGUAUCGAAUAUUAGUGUAUUUAUAUUGGCGGAUAAUCAAUAUGGAUAUUAUAUUCAUGGUCGAUCACCGCAUGGGACAACUGAUGUAAAUAUGAGAGAUAUGUUGGUUAAUCUUGAACGCGAAGCAAAUCAAAUGAGUGGAACACGUGGUUUACAAGCGAAAUCAGAAGAACAAACGUUUAUUAUCAAAAUCGAUCGACCGUUUCGUAUCCAAUAUGAUGUUUUACUUCAAAGCUAUCAAAAUCGGAUGCUUACAAAUACUACACAGAAAAAUAGUGAACAAGAAUCCGAAGCUCUCAUGCGAUCGUACAAAAAUCUGAAUGAAUUCCUGUGUUCAUUUAUCGAUCAUGCCUCUCCGACAUACAACUACAUUGUCCGAGAUCGAUUUUUUAUUGAGAAAAUUCUCAAUUAUGAAUUUCCAGUGGCAUCUGAGCUAACUGGAACAACAGGUGCUUCUGGCAGCAUCUUCUUUGUGGAUCCAGAAAAGAGUUUUCGACAAGCAAUGUUUGCUGGUCAUGAAAAUUCUUUAUUAAUGUGGAACAUGGCGAUAUUUCUCUUUAUUGACUAUUUUGCAUUUAAUUAUGUUCUAGCAGGAAUUAUUACUUAUAUACUGAAUCUGAUCGCAGUCAAAAUGCGUCAAUCGUUGGGCCGAAGAAAUUUGGCGAAGAAAACAUUGAUUGAUAAACGAUUUCUUAUUUGA